AUGGCGAUAGUGAUUCGGGACCGUCGGUGGAGGGCCGGAGAAGCCAGCGUGCUGAUUGCUCGGGCGCGGAGGGGAUCCAGUGUGAGGAGAGCCGGGUUUGGUUGUUGGGCGGUCGAAAUGGUUGAGAUGGUCGAGAUGGCCGAGGCAGAAGCUCAAGUCUUCGUCUGCUGGUCUGUUCUGUCGUUUGGUCUGUCGUUUGGUCUGAGGGAGAGCGCUAGACGUGGGGAGGAGGAGGCUGCCUUAUCUCGCGGACAGGCUGGAAGGCGGGCCCCUCUAGGACUUGUGGGGCGUAAAGUUGGCGAGGUACAAGGCACAAGCACCAGAUACAAGGGAGGCAGCCAGCGUGCCGCACGCUACGGCUGA